CAGCUCCCAUUUGAUUACAUUGUACCAGUUUAACAUUGCGGGUAUGGGGGGGCUCCGCCUUUCUUCGUAUCCCAUGGUUCUACAAUCCCUACAGAGAACUUGAUCGUGAGUAAAUUUUUAUGCUGAGCUGAGACACAAAAAAUACAACAUUAAGCUUUUCCCUCAUUUCAUCUGAACUUUUCAACAAAAAAUGAUGUUGUCAAUAACACGGUUAAGGAGUUGUGUGACACUUCAACAUUCGUCCAGACUUCUAACAACAAGCCAAAAUUCGCCUAACCAAAAUGAAAAUGAGAGUGGUUUUGUCAUUCAGCCCGUUGGAGAAAAAGACAUGGUUGGUCCACCAGACAAGGUUUCCAACAUUAGACCAGUUAUUUUCCACGUUCCUGUCAACGAGUCCGUCGCUGAAAAGGAGUAUAGACAAAAAAGACAAGAGGUUUUGCAGUGGAACCAGGAAUUCUGGACCAAACACAACUUGCGGUUUAUCAAAGAACGAGAAGAGUUUGUGAAAAUUCAGCAGCAAAGGAAAGGAAAUAACGAGACACUGUGUGCGGACGAGAUGUCGAUUUUUUACAAGAGGUUCCUCGACGAAAACUGGCAAGUACAUGUGAAAUACAAUGGAGAUUGGUACAAGAAAAACAUCGGGUUGAUGCUUCAGUCUUUCAAAAUACAAAUUUUGAAAUCAUUAGGAAGACUCAAUGGAAAAUCUUAAUUAUCUAGCAAUAAAUUCACUACAAUCUAGUCAUAUUUCGAACAAAAACUGUCUUUAAUGAAAACUAUGAAAUUCACACUUUCUGUCCCUGUGUCAGUGCAAAAUAUUUUCCCCUCAGGGCUCUCAGUUCUUCGUGGGUCCCAACUUCAGCGACCUUUCCUUGAUGUAUCAGUGCAAUGCAGUCCGCGUUUUUUAUAGUCGUCAGUCUGUGCGCCACCACAAUGCAAGUCCUGCCCUGCCUCGCCUUGUCCAGAGCAUCUUGCACCACCUGAAAGAUUGAUUAUUAAUUUUUAUUUUUAUUGGCUUAAAAUUGUGGAAUAAAUUAUUUCAAACCUUCUCACUCUCUGUGUCCAGAGCUGAGGUGGCCUCAUCUAGGAGCAAAA